GCAGCGGCCGCGCCAUGUGGCUGCUGGGGCCGCUGUGCCUGCUGCUGAGCAGCGCCGCGGAGAGCCAGCUGCUUCCCGGGAACAACUUCACCAACGAGUGCAACAUUCCAGGCAACUUCAUGUGCAGCAACGGGCGGUGCAUCCCCGGCGCCUGGCAGUGCGAUGGGCUGCCCGACUGCUUCGACAAGAGUGACGAGAAGGAGUGCCCCAAGGCUAAAUCGAAAUGCGGCCCGACCUUCUUCCCCUGUGCCAGCGGCAUCCACUGCAUCAUUGGCCGCUUCCGGUGUAACGGGUUUGAGGAUUGUCCCGACGGCAGCGACGAAGAGAACUGCACAGCAAACCCUUUGCUUUGCUCCACUGCCCGCUACCACUGCAAGAACGGCCUCUGCAUUGACAAGAGCUUCAUUUGCGAUGGGCAAAAUAACUGUCAAGACAACAGCGACGAGGAAAGCUGUGAAAGUUCUCAAGAACCAGGCAGCGGGCAGGUGUUCGUGACCUCGGAGAACCAGCUCGUGUACUAUCCCAGCAUCACCUAUGCCAUCAUCGGCAGCUCCGUCAUCUUUGUGCUGGUCGUGGCCCUGCUGGCUCUGGUCCUACACCACCAGCGGAAGCGCAACAACCUCAUGACGCUGCCCGUGCACCGGCUGCAGCACCCCGUGCUGCUCUCCCGCCUGGUGGUCCUGGACCACCCUCACCGCUGCAACGUCACCUACAACGUCAACAAUGGCAUCCAGUACGUGGCCAGCCAAGCCGAGCAGAACGCGUCGGAAGUGGGCUCCCCGCCCUCCUACUCAGAGGCCCUGCUGGACCAAAGACCCGCAUGGUACGACCUCCCUCCGCCACCCUACUCUUCAGACACCGAGUCUCUGAACCAAGCCGACCUGCCCCCUUACCGCUCCCGGUCUGGCAGCGCCAACAGCACCAGUUCCCAGGCAGCCAGCAGCCUCCUGAGUAUGGAAGACACGGGCCACAGGCCGGGGCAGCCUGGUCCACAGGAAGGCACCACCACGGAGCCUAGGGACUCUGCACCCAGCCAGGGCACCGAAGAAGUAUAA